GAAACCAACCGCCAAAACCGUUAUCAUUCCCGGGUUACGUCUCCUUUAUUUCCUGUUUACUUCACUUUCCACAAAAAUUCUUCCUUUCUUCCUGCUGAUCUCUCUCUCAAUCUCUUCCUCGAUCUGACAGAAGUAUACACCCCACGAUUGACGUUGUUGAGACCAUCUUACGCAGAGAAGCAGAUAGGAACAGGAGAAAUGGAGAUCCAAAAUGGUAUCCAGAAUGGUGAUUUCAAUAAUUUACCGGAUCGCCAUGAAUCGUCUUUGAUAUUUCUCGGUACCGGUUGCUCCAGCGCGGUUCCUAAUGCAAUGUGUUUGAUCAAGCCCUCUUCUCCUCCUUGCGCUGUCUGCUCCCAGUCCCUAUCUAUCCCACCUGAACGUAACCCUAACUACAGGUGCAAUACUUCUCUGCUUAUUGAUUACUGCCCGAGUGAUGGAAAGCAUAACUAUAUACAAAUUGAUGUAGGGAAGACAUUCAGAGAGCAAGUGCUUCGCUGGUUUACCUUUCAUAAGAUUCCCCAAGUUGAUUCCAUUAUUUUGACUCAUGAACAUGCUGAUGCAGUUCUUGGUCUGGAUGAUAUUCGUGCUGUGCAACCAUUUAGCCCUACAAAUGACAUUGAUCCAAGUCCUGUUUACCUAUCUCAAUUUGCAAUGGAUAGUAUUGCAGUGAAAUUCCCGUACUUGGUCCAGAAGAAACUUAAAGAAGGCCAAGAAGUGAGACGAGUAGCACAGAUUGACUGGAGAAUAAUUGAAGAGCACUGUGAAAAAGCCUUUGUUGCAUCAGGCCUACAAUUCACACCUUUGCCAGUGAUGCAUGGAGAAGACUAUGUUUCUUUGGGUUUUCUGUUUGGUCAGAAAUCUAGAGUCGCGUACAUAUCUGAUGUCUCACGAUUUCCUUCAAGCACAGAGCAUGUGAUAUCAAAAACUGGAGCUGGGCAGUUAGAUCUUCUUAUUUUGGACACACUUUACAAGAAGGGAUGUCAUAACACUCAUCUAUGCUUCCCUCAGACCCUUGAAGCCGUGAAGAAAUUAUGUCCAAAACGGGCCUUGUUAACAGGAAUGACACAUGAGUUUGAUCACCACAAAGACAAUGAGUUUCUUAUGGAAUGGUUUAAGAGGGAAGGAAUCCCAAUUCAACUUGCACAUGAUGGGUUGAGAGUCCCCAUAGAGCUAUGAUAUGAGUUGUGUAUAAUACAGGACGUUUAUUCAUGGGGAGGAGAUGUAUGAUUGUAUAGUCUCAAUUCUCUAUGGGUUGGAGGAAAGACACUUAAUAUUUGGACAAGUCAAAAACAUUCUACUACUUCUCUGCAGCUCUUGUUGAAGAGUCUAUCCAUGAAACUACUGAAACAUUAUAAAACAAGCGUUAAGAAAUGUGAACUUGUUGCAUGAGAUAAAGGAGAUUCCACUUAAUUCUUCAAACUUGUACCCUUCUGCACUUUUUCUAACUUCACAUUAUUACAAUAAAAUAUCAUGUCUCUUUUCUUAAUAAUGCACAUGUUACUGUAAUGUUUAGAUUAUAACAUAAUUGU